AUGGUGGAAGAAAUCAAGAAAUCAUGUCAUAAGAUUCUAAACAAAUUAACCAUGAGAUGCCAAAGAUCUACAUGCAAGAAAGAAGGGGACCCAAUCACCUUGAUGGCAGGAGCAGUGGACGGGGAGCCCCAAACGGUUGUGAAGGAGGUGAGGUGGCUGAGGCGAGGAGGGAUGAGGCGGCCGUGCAUUGUAAGUGGCGGCCACUCCCUUUCCGAUAAGAAGCGGAUAAUGAAGAUCCCAUCCCCGCCAUCUCGAUCGAUUACGCCGACAGUCCAAUACUCAGAAAAGAAACAAGUUUCUGGAAUCCCUUCUGAACGAUUUCCUGGGAAGAGAAACUAUCCUCAAGAAGCUCGUCGAUCCGCAUGUGAGGAGAGUAGGGCCAUUCUGGAUCUUGGGUUCAAUUUUUCGAGUAGGUGUUGGUACCGUUGCGACUUGUUGAAGCUCCAUUGUGAUAUGACACUAGCUGGUAAUGAUGAAGAGAAAUCAUUCACGGUGAGGCCACUAGUGCUGGUUUGGGGCCUUCUCCUAUGGAUCAUGCGUGGCGUGCUACUAUCCUCGAGCUUUGUAACUCAUAUUUUAACAGCAGCAGAGACCUCCAGAAGGUGCGCUUUCAAGAAGCGAAUGUUGGGUCUGAAGACGAAAGCUCGCGAGCUCGCCGAGCUCUGUUACGUCACCGUUUGUUGGGUCUGUUUCGGACCCGACGGAGAAGUCGUUACAUGGCUGGAAAAUCAUGCAUCUGUGAGACACAUUAUUGGGAUGUUCCAAGGACUAGGAGAGAACACCAAGCGCAGACAAAGUUUCGAUUUUGUGCGCAUUCUGCUGGACAGAAAGAGGAAGCUUGAAGGAGAAAUCAAGGCCAGGAAUUUUAACAAACAGUUUGUGGGCAAUUUAUGCGGUGAGGAAUUAGUGGAUUUGAACUGUAAAUUGGAGUCCAGAUCUCAAGCUGUGUAUGAUAGGAUUAAUUUGCUUCAAAAUCAUAUUACGGUAAAGGAUGAGAAAACUAUUAAAGUGUACAAAUUUAGCGAUUUGCUUAGCACCCAAACAGUCCAAACACACCAUGAUGAAGCACAAUCUGCUCAAUCUGGUCGGGAUGGACAAAUUGAGCAAAAUCUACUAAUGGACUCUACUAGUUCCUUCAAUGGUGAUUUGUCUGGAUCACAAUUUCUCCGAAUCCCAGAUUGGUUGUUGGGUUAUGGUUAUUCCGUGAAUGAAAUUGGGACAACGGAAACUAGUGAUGGGGAUUUGGUACCAAAAAGUUUGGAUGAAAUUUCAGUGGGUUGGAGUGACGAAGACAGUGAUUCAUUCCUUAACCUUGAAUGGAAGCCUAUGGAGUCUCAUCAAACAUGUCAAGGUGGUUAUACCUUUUAUCAGCAAGAUAUCAUCCAUACAUAACCCUAUUUUUUAGAUUUAUUUUUCUUAGUUACACUGAAUUGAA